ACGACGGCGUCAUUCGUCUAGCUGCGAGGUCGCAAAGUACCAUCGCGAUCGUCAAUGGAAGUCGAAGGUUGAAUAGCGAAGAGCGCUAUGUCGGACGUUUCAAUCCCUAAUUCUCCUUCAUUUCGGUUAAGACCGAACAGGGGUUGGAGUUCUGAAGAGAUUGAACAUCUUAUAACGCUUUGGCGCGAGCACGAAGAGCUGUACGACUUGCGACAUGUCGAUUACCCGAAGCGCGACAGGCGACGCUUGGCGUUUAAACACAUCAGUGAACAACUUGGAAUUACAGUACCAGAAAUAAAGAAAAAAAUGACCAACCUAAGGACAUAUUACACAAAAGAGAUCUGGAAGGAAAGACCUGGUGGCAAGAUGGGUACUGAUGAACCCAGCAAAGAGCCUUACAUUUCCAGGUGGCAACACAUCCAUUCACUAAGUUUUCUCAAAGAAAACUGUGUCGCUUCUACAAAUGAUCAUCCUAUGGUUAGGUCAUAUAGCACCAGCCAGAUGUCCCCUCCUGAGUUCGACAAUGACCAGAAUGAUGACAAUGAAGAGAUAUGGGAGGAAGGAAAAGAUGGUGAGCAAGUUGAGGUUACCGUUCAUGUCAAUGGGCAGAACACAGAGGGUGAAAUAGAGCCAGAAGUCCGUACAGUGCAAACUCCAAUAUCUAGCACACCACUCAACACCCCCUCCUCAACAUCCCAUGGUAGACCAGAAAAGAGGCUCAAAAGAACUGCCGAAAACUUAGAGACAGUAAUUGCAAAACUUCACAAGAAUCCAACUCCAAGUGUUUGUGAAUCAACACUGGAUGUCGCUAAAAAUCCUGACCUAGUAUUUGCAAGUCAUGUAGGCUUGACACUGAUGAACAUAAAAAACCAACGCACAAAGGAGCUGGCAAAGCUAAAAAUCCAACAAGCUUUGUUUGAAGCUCAGUACAGCACACCACCAACUCAAGUUGUAGUCCAGGAACCACAGACCUUGCAGAUACCGGCACCACAGGUCCCCACAACAUUCAAUGGUACUACGUAAAGAGGCACCAAAUCUAUUAGUUUAGGAAUAUUGUAUAUGUCACAGAGAGGGCUAGGGCCUAAUUGUUCUCAUUGUUUAUUCAGUUAUUUAAAAGAAGUUAUACAAGUUUUUAGGAAAGUCCAUGCAGAAUUGUAGCUUGAAGAGGACAGUCUUACUUUAAAUGCUUGUCAAUAUGUUUGUAACAAAAAAUGUAUUUUCAAGACUUUGGAUUCAGCUGAUGUGAGACUGGUGUUUUCUUAUUGUGAAUAUUAGAAUAUCAUAUAAAUCAAUAUUCAUAAAUUAUGUAAGUUUUAAGCAAUUGAUUUGAACCAUUUUUAUUAAGAAAUAAUUGAAAUGUACAUCUAAUUUGUAUCGAUUUUCCUGUAGUAGGUAAUUCAUCACACAUGAAAGCGACAGGGUCUUUAACAUUAGGGCAGUUCAAUUUUAACCACAUGAGAAUAUUAGGCCAUGGAUCAACAAUGUAUUGCGGAAAACCUGCAUCAACGGGGUGCCAAGGAUGUCACGCUAGGCGGCACUUGAGCACAGGGUAUGGGGCUCUCUCUUCAUGCUCUACGAAAAUCCAACACGCUACUUAUUAUGUACAAAGACCUAUCUAAUAAACUCAAAUAUCCAAA